AUGAAAUAAACUUAUGCAGUAGAUGAAACAAAGGGGUUCGUUUUUAUGAGUCUUUCUGAGAAUAUUGGCCAAAUUGUUAAAGUUUCCAAUAACUUUGAAAAAAUAGUAAAAAUAUUAAAUAAUAAGCAAGCCAUUGGUAAAAAUAUUAACUUUCUCUAACCUAGUGUAAUAUCUAAAUGUCAUGAUUAAAUUUUGUAAAGUUUUCUAAAUAAAAGAAAUAAAAUCAACAAAACUGCCCAUCUUUAUCCUGUUAUCGGAAUUGAUAAAGAUUACUGGGCUAUACCAUAUGAUAUAAAACUUCAACCAUGCUAAUUAGAAAACUAUAAUUUUGGUAUUUGUGCAUAAAUUAGUUAGAUAAAUGACAAUAAAAUGUACAUUUUAGUUGAUAAGAAAUAAAAUUUUUAAAUAUCUACCAUUUCAUGCCAAUUUUAUUCAUAAAUCUUAUCUGAAUCAAUACCAAAAUAAAAUAUUUCUUAGAUAAGCCUUAGUUCUCUUAUUCCUUGCUUCCCUGCUAUAUUUCAUGUAUACCAAUAAAAUAUUAAAAAAUAAAUUGAUGAUAAAUCAGUUGACAGAGAAUUCACAACAAUAUUGUUUAAACCAAACAGCUAUGAAUAAUUGAUUAAACUUUAAAGUCUGGUUUUUGAUUAUAAAAAAGCUUAUUAAUUGUUAGAUUAUUAAAUAUUUGGGGUUAAAGGAGAUAUUUAUCAUAUCUAGAAUGAGCAUAUUGAAAUAAUUUAAAUUAAAAUAAAUGAAGUAGUUUAGAUAUUUGAUGAUAAUUUAAAAAUUGAACAAUUGAAUUAACUAUAAAAUUGGAUGGAAUUAAACAAACCUGAAGCAGAAUCAACUCCACAUUCUUUUAAUUAAAUGGCAAAUGAGUUAUUUAAUUAGCUUUCUGAAAAUUAUAAUAAUUAGGGCUUUGUUGAAUGCAGCCAGAUUUCUCAAGAGGGGGUAAAAGAAAUAGUGAAUCUUAGAAAAAUUGAAUUCUAAAACUCGUUUGAAACAGGAGCUCUUCUAUCUCCUUAAUUUAGGCAAAAGAUUUCUUUAAGUGAAGAAAGAAUAUUUAAUGAGUAAUAUUUGUAAGAAAAUACAAGAUUGCUAUAGGCUAAUUCUAAUGCACAUAAAAAUGUUAGCAUAACUUAAAAUAAUAUUUAACUUAAUCCUUUAAAUACUGGUGAAAAAGAUUUCUAAUCCUACCUGAGCAAUUAAGAGAUAUAUUCUAUAAGAAAUAAUGAAUUUUAUUAAAUAAAAAAUAGUGAAUUAAGAUUUUCUACAGCAUAAAGAGCAGCAUUUCUAUCUGAAUACAACACUUUAGAUACUCUUAGAAAUAAAUAGAGUGGAUUGAAUUAUUUUAUUGAUAAUUAAUAAGUAAAAGCAAAAAAUUAGUAGAAUUGCUAAAAAUAAUUCAGUAGUGACAUUAAAGAAAGCUAAUUAUUUUCGUCUAAUGAAUAAUAAUUAGAAUUAAAAUUAGAAACAAGUAUGCAUUCUUCUAAAUAAAGCUCAGUUUUAAGCUUAAAUGAAUAAUUGUAAAACUAAAAAAACGAUUAUCAAAAUGUUAGUUGGGGUUCUUAAAUAAAAAGCCCUAUGGGAGAAGUACUUUCAGAUAGGCUAUUUGCACUUCUUAUCUAGACUCCUCCAUUUAAUUUUUCUGGAUAAGAACAAAUUUAAUUAUUCAAAAGAAUUUAACAAUAAUAAAUAAAAAAUUAUAACACUAUUAAAAACUUAAUGAUCAGAUUUAUAUAAUCCGAUAAGAGCAAAACAGACCUUUAUAAUUUCGUACUUAAUAAUUAGUUUAAUUAUGUAUUUGUCAGUUCAAAUACAACUUUAUCAUAGACAAAUCUAAAUUUUGGUUACUCUUUGUUAAUAAAUUUUGCUCAAUUGUUCUUUGUGAGCAAUAAUUAAGAUCCUCAAUCAUUAAACCAAAACUAAAUUUCUUAAAAUUAUAUUUCUAAUUAUAACUUAUUGACUAACAUCACUAAAGAAGUUUCUAAUAAAGUAAACUAAACUUUUGAUUAAAACGAAGAAAUUGUUCUUGCAUUUUUAAUAGCAAUUGCAGUAACUACUUUUAUAUUCGCCCUCACUUUUCCUAUUAUAAACUAUUACUUCCUGCAAAAGAUCUAGAUUAUAUUAAAAUUAUUUGCUACUCUUACACCAAAAAACUUAAUUUUUAUGAUUAAAGAAAUUACAAAUUGCUUACAUUUAAUAGAAUCAAAUUCUCUUAAUUAAGAUGAUAAAUUUACACAAACAAAAAAUAAAAUGUCAAGCUAAUAAAAUCUUUAAAAACAUAUUGAAGAUCAAAUUUAAAAAAAGAAAAAUAUAAGUGCUACAAAUAGUAUCCAUGAGUUUAAAAUUAAAGUUGCUAUCUUAUCUCUAUCUUUUUUCUUAUUGGCUUAGGUUGCCAGCGUGACAAAUUAUUUUUUACUAAAUAAUUUUAUAUAAUAGGAGAAAGUCAAUAGAAAAUUUAUAGAUGAUUUAAUGAUGGUUAGUGAUUAUCAAACUGCAACUCAAGAAUAUAUCGAUCUAGCCUUAAAUGAUGCAUAUUAAAACCAAAAAUACCUUACAAUUUUGAAUGACUUGGUUAACUAAUUAUAUGAUUAGGAUAUAUAAUCUGAUUUUAAAGAAUAUUCUAUUCAAGUUUUCUAAUAAAAUGCUUGCUAGGCAGUUAGUGAAAACUAAAAUCUUAUAAAAUAAGAGUUUAAUAAUGCUCAAAAUUUAUAUGCAAGAAUCUAUUUUUAAUAUGUAGUUGAAAGUUUGGUGUAGAAAAUGACAGAAAUAACAUAUAAUCACUACGAUAAUAUGAUUAAAAUGAAUUAUAUUUACUUAUUUUUAGCUAUAAGUGAUUUAAUGAAUGUUUAUGAGUUCUGCAUCACUACUAGUGCAUUAAGAAUUCCUUUGAUUAUUUAUAAGUUGCAAGACCAUUUAUCCUAAACCUAUAUAGAUCUGAUUAAUUAGAAACUAUAAAUGGCAGACGGAAUCUUAAAAACAAUAUAUAAUUUAGUAAAUAAAGUAUAUAACGAUAAAAGAUAUGAAUAAUAAUCUUUUAAAAAUUUUGUGAUGUAAGCCUUACAAGACGAUUCUUGUUUAGUAAUUUAAUAAAAUCUAAAUCUUUUGGAUAAUCCAUAAUUUUCGUUGGAAUUAUGCAAUUCAAUUGCUAAUGGAGUUUUUUAAUAAGGACUUAUUUAAGUGGUAAAAUUACAUACAGACUUGUACUCAUAACGAUCUCCUGAAAUUUUAAAAUCUGACAUGUAAAACUUUUUUGAAAUGAUAAUACGACAAGAAUAGGAUUUGAGUGAAACUGACCAUUUUUAUUUAAGAAUAUACCUUGAAUAUGUUAUUGAAUGUAUUGAAUCAAAAAUUGCUCAAAUUACAUACGACCAUUAUGAUUAUAUGAUUAAAAUGAACUAGAUAAUAUUCGCUGUAUCAGUAGUAGCAUUUCUAUUUUUAAUAUACAUUUCCUUUUUCAAGUUUUUCGAAUAUUCAAUUGGUUAGAUCAGAUAGUCAAAGCUUUUACUAAAUUUACUAGAUAUUAAGGCUAUAGAAGAUAAUUAAUAUAUUUUAACUUACUUAUAAAUUCAAAGAUGA